GGCGCGCGCUCUCUCUCUCUCUCUCCACCGGCUUCGAUGGCCUCGGCGAACGGCGGCGAACGCGCGGCGGCGGGCAUCCUGCGGCUGCUCCUGGGGAUGGGCAUGAUGGGGCCCUCCGUGGCAAUGCCGGGCGGGGGUGGCGGUGCCGAGGUCAUGAUGGUGCAGCACAUCAUCAUCGGCGACGGCGGCGGUGACCUGUUCUCCGCCGGGCUCGGCGGAGGGGUCCCACCGGCGUCGAAGGCGGCGAUCGCUUCGCUGAAGGAGGUGAGGGCCGGGGAGGCGGAGGAGGGCUCGCUCGGGGACUGCGCGAUAUGCCUGGACGCGUUCGACGCCGGGAAGGAGAUGCCGUGCGGGCACCGGUUCCACGGGGAGUGCCUCGACCGGUGGCUGGGCGUGCACGGCAGCUGCCCCGUCUGCCGCCGCGAGCUUCCCGCGGCGGAACCGGCGGCGGAGCAGCAGAACGGCGGCGCCGGCGCGGACGCCGGGGAGAGGCGGAGGCCGAGGGCCGUGCUGGUGAGCUACCUGGUGCUGGGAGACGGCGGCGGCGGUGGCGAGGAGAGGCAGGAGCCAUGGAACAUUAGGAUAGAAGACGUGGAUUAAGACUAUAAUUAGCCUUACCAAUUGGUUUUUAUUGGUUUUAAGGUGGUUGAUUUUUUUAAUUUGUGUACAUAUUAUUACUACUAGCUAGUACAAGUGGAAAAAAAUGGGAUAUAGUUGUGAAUCUUUUUAGAGAUGUGAAAGAUGUUGUACAACAUUUUAAAAGUGUCCACGAGUUUCAAGAGAAAUUUUUGGAUCGGUGACUCAUC